AUGUCACAGUCAAUAUCACUGAAGGGUUCAACAAGGACAGUCACAGAAUUUUUCGAGUACAGCAUUAAUUCCAUUCUGUACCAAAGAGGCGUCUAUCCAGCAGAGGAUUUUGUAACAGUGAAAAAGUAUGAUUUAACGCUACUAAAGACGCAUGAUGACGAACUUAAAGAUUAUAUCCGGAAAAUUCUUUUACAAGUUCACAGGUGGCUUCUGGGUGGCAAAUGUAAUCAACUAGUACUAUGCGUUGUCGACAAGGAUGAAGGAGAAAUUGUGGAAAGGUGGUCCUUCAAUGUGCAGCAUAUUUCUAGCAGUAGUCGAGACGAAGAGGAGGUUGUAGACCUGAAUACAACACAAUCACAAAUCAGAGCUUUGAUCAGGCAAAUAACCUCGAGCGUUACCUUUUUGCCGGAGCUAACAAAAGAAGGUGGCUAUACGUUCACAGUACUAGCAUAUACGGAUGCCGAUGCCAAAGUUCCUUUGGAAUGGGCUGACUCCGAUGGUAAAGAAAUAACAGAUGGUGAAGUGGUCCAAUUCAAAACAUUUUCUACAAAUGAUCAUAAAGUGGGGGCACAGGUAAGCUAUAAAUACUAA